UAAAUAUACCUAUAUAUUAUUUUUUUUGUGACAACAAAAAACAAUUUAUUAAUAAAUUAUUUUUAAAUCUCAGUGGCAGUUUUUUUAUGAACUUUAUGAGUUUUUUUGUUUUAAGUGCUUUAGUGAUUGUUUUGUUAUUAUGUGAUUCAUAAAGGCCGAUAUCAGAAAGAUCAAGUAGCAUAAUGCGAGCGGCGCGGUAGUGCAGUGGGCAAUGCGCCGCGCGGCGAGGCGCGCGCCGCCGCCGUCGCGCGUAAUAUGCGCUCACUGAACGAGACAGCGUGCGCGGCGCUACUCGAAGACGUGCGCUGGGACGAGCCCGCCAGCCUCGCCAGCCUCGCCGUGCUCGCGCUCAUUGACGUACUCGUUAUUGCUGGAAACUGCCUAGUGAUCGCUGCUGUGCUGUGUUCGUCCAAGCUGCGAAGUGUGACCAACUUGUUCAUAGUUUCGCUCGCAGUUGCCGAUCUGCUGGUCGGGGUUGCCGUCCUACCAUUUUCUGCCACCAGAGAAGUGUUCGAAAUAUGGAUAUUCGGCCACGUCUGGUGUUCGGUAUGGCUGGCGGUAGACGUGUGGAUGUGUACAGCGUCCAUCUUGAACCUGUGCGCCAUCUCGCUAGACCGCUACGUGGCAGUCACGCGGCCUGUCAGCUACCCCAGCAUCAUGAGUCGGAAGCGGGCCAAGGCGCUCAUCGCUGGUCUCUGGGUGCUGUCGUUUGUCAUCUGCUUCCCUCCCCUGGUUGGAUGGAAAGACAAAAGACCUGAAGAAGGUGACCUUCGGACUCCGAACCCACCGUGUCCUUGGACGUGCGAGCUCACCAACGACGCUGGUUACGUCGUCUACUCAGCCCUCGGCUCCUUCUACAUCCCCAUGUUUGUGAUGCUGUUCUUCUACUGGAGGAUCUACAAAGCCGCUGUAAGGACCACUAAGGCUAUCAAUCAAGGAUUCCGGACCACUAAAGGCAAAGGCAUGGGCAGCCGUUUUGAUGACAACCGGUUGACUUUACGAAUACAUCGUGGUAGGGGCUCUAAUCGUCCUCACGGAUCUCCGUUGUCAACAGCCUCGAAUCAUUCCACAAGUACUUCAUUGAGCGCUUCCCCAGAACGCCUGAGAAGACAUUCCAGCGCCCGCAGAGCUCACGAAAAAGUCAAGAUCUCUGUGUCCUAUCCUUCAUCAGAGCAGAUUUGUACAACUCAUGAGAACUCUCGGUCACCAAGUCGUUCUCCCAGCCCGUCAUUAUAUGCAGUCCAUUAUGAACGGGAUGGAAGGGAGCUGACUGAAAGCAGGCUUAGGGUGAGGCCUCCGCACCAUCUCGCACCAGGACCCUUGUAUGAUGAGUUUGAUGAUAAACCAAGGACUACUAGGCGGAUGGGCAAAAGGAAUAUCAAGGCUCAGGUGAAACGGUUCAGAAUGGAAACGAAAGCAGCGAAGACCCUCGGCAUCAUAGUCGGUGGCUUCGUGUUCUGCUGGCUGCCAUUCUUCAGUGUGUACGUGGUGCGUGCAUUCUGCGGAGAAUGCGUUACUCCUAUCGUCUUCUCCAUUCUCUUCUGGUUGGGUUACUGCAACUCCGCCAUCAAUCCUCUUAUAUACGCACUCUUUUCGAAAGACUUUAGGUUCGCUUUCAAACGCAUAAUCUGCAAGUGUUUCUGCGGCGGCGGAGGCCAACGUCGGGAAUCAGACGAGGGCUCUGCCCGGCGCGCUAACAAUCGCCCCACGCACUCACAUUCGCUAGAGGAACAAGAACCUCCCCAGAGUAGUUCGGCUGCAGACAGGUGACGUCAGGCCAUGCGACGGCAAAAUCCCCAGUUCCAGUCCACCGUCGCAUGCGUUUAACGAAUAACGUUAUUUAUAACAAAUAACCGUUGUCGCUGUAAGGACAUGUUAAUAACAUAAUAAUAUUUAUGGUGAAGAGCUUAAACGACGUCAAAUGUAAAUCUAUAACGAAAUAUUAUAUUAUUUAGUAAUAUAGCGAAUGUUUAAUUUUUUUUUACAUAAUAACCAAUCUUUUAAGUUUCUUUGUUUACCUGGAUUUGUUCAUAGUUAUAAUUUAAAUAUUACCAAUUUAAAUUAAGCGUAACUAGUCUGUCUAAAAAAAUAAUGUGGUAGCCUAAGCAAUACUAUUUAGAUAGAUACUAAGAAUUAUAAGUAAAUUAAUUUUGUGUUACAUUAUAAUAAUCUUUAAAAUCACGUUGAACCUUCGCUACAUUCCUAAAUAAUACCGCAAUUAUUAUAAAAUUUAUAAACUCAAGCUAAAAAUGUUUGUAGAUUUUAAUGUGCAUAAAGUUUUGGAAUGAAUUAUUUAUUGGAAAAGACUGUUCGAUCUGUAUCUACUGUUAUAUGUUAGAUAGCUAAUUAAUUGUGUAAAAACAAAUGUUAUUUCAAUGUAAAUGGAACAUGCCUUGUUGUUAGUUUUCUUACUCUUUUUAUAGCUCCAUACCAAAAAUAUAACGAGGAAAUAUUAUAAUACAUUUUGCGAAAUAAAAUCACUGUACAUAAAUCUUUCAUUAAUUUAUAGAAAAAUUUUUAUCAAGUUAGAAAUUCCUCUGAUUUUUUAUUGUAAAGUAUAUUUUUAAUAGUGUAAUAAUCCUAAAAUUAUAUUUUAUUCACAUAUACAGUUUUAAUAUUUAUUUAAUUUCAAAAAUGUUUAUAUAUAACACAUCAAUUAUUUUCUAAGUAAUAACGAUACACACUAGAAUCAUCUUAUGUCCAUGUAUCCUACAAAAAAUAUAUAAAUAGUUAAGCUAGACAUCUCACUGUAAUACAUAAUUUUAUCGCCAAUCAACUUUUGUUAAAAUUUUAUAAUUAGAAUAAAAAUGUUUUAUUUUAGAUAAAAAAAAAUAACAUUGUGGCUAAUUCUACAGUUAGUCUAACAGAGAUUUUAUGUUGGAAAUAAAAACAAAAUAUUUUAUUUUAUACUAGCCAGUUUAAAACUACGUCAUAACGCCCUAUUUCAUUUAUAUUGGGUCCUUAUUGUAAAGAAAACCCAAAACAUUUUAUUAAUAAUCAUCUAAAUUGGUAGAUUUUUGUUUUAAAUUGUGAUUGUAGUUUAAUAUAAGAAAUCUAGUCAUCUUUUAAAAAAUAUCUCGUCCAUUCUAAAAAUAUGGAAUUCGUCAAAUCUAUUUCCACAGACCUUCCUCACUAAAUAUUUUAGUAUUAAAAAUUACUCAUUCAAAUAGUAUUCAGUAAUUAUUUACCAAAGAUAUUGCAUUUUAUUUAUUUAAAUUUUGUUGUAUAUUCCAAUCUAGUCUUCCUAAUUAUAAUUUUAUGUAGUAAUUAUCAAAAUACCGUUAUAUAUUUGGUACUAUACCAUGUAACGUAUAAUACUUACUGUACUUUUGGCUCUGCAUCACAUCAUGCAUGACAUCUUAAUUUAAAACUCUCCGAAUGUCGCUACAGACAAAAAAAAUGCAUAUAGCUUGUCAGUAACACACUGUUUUAAAUCUGAAUCCAGAUAAGGCGCCAUCCAUACAUUACGUCACACUUUAAAAUUGUAACAUUAUGACAAGGGGUUGAAGGAGUCAUAACUUUUAUGACGUCACAUGUCACUAUCUAAAGUAUUAAAACAUAUAACGUUAACUGUAAACGAAAAUCUGUCAAUAUUGUUACAUCUCUGGCUAUAUAAGAUAGUGAGCGGCUCGCUAUAACCUCAGGGUUGCUCGUCAGCCACUAUGAAGCUAAAUUUCGCCCGCCAUGAUUUGUUGUUGAUUUUAUAAAAGAAAGUAAUACUUACCUAAUUUCGGAACAGCUGUUUCAAUUUAUUCAGCUUUAUGUGGAAAAUAAAAAAGGGGACCACACAAAAUGUGACUUCCUGCAACAAGAACGUGGGAGAAGUAUAAAAAUCAUGAAAUUCAUGUGACGUAAUUUAUGGAUGACUCUUUGUUUAGACUCUUACAAAUAUUUAAAAAUAGGCAUUUGAGUAAAAUAUAGAUAUUUGUAUAAAUAUCCAAAAUAAUUAGACGGCCAAUCACUAAAUCUUUAUCAGAUUCUAAAAACUUAAUUUUAAGUUAUGGCUAUAAUUUUUUUCCAUUAUUAUUUUUUAACAUAAUUUGGAGUCAAAUGUUAUGUCUACUUAUUUAGGGUUUAUUACCCAAAGUAUAUUGAACAAUCAUUACAUUCAAGUAAUAAGUGUUGAUUUUUUUUUUAUUACAACUUUAUAUUUCAAUCAAUCAUUGGAUAGUUAAUUAGUAUCUAUACAACUUCAAGGUACAAAUUAAGCAAUACCCUUACCGAAUAAAAUUUAAAUGGGUGUAUUUAGUCAAGAAGUUCAUGGAUAUAAAUGGUGAAAUGUACUAAUUAAACAUUUGUACAUAGGUACAUACAGUAAAUUUAUAAAUUUAUAUUGUUAUCAGCACCAAUUUUUAUGAAUAUUUCGUUGCUUUGGGAAUUAGCUUCGAUGAAUGAUUUAAAUUGACUAAAAGAUAAACUGAUAUUAACACUUUAGUAUCCAAUAUUGGAUUCAAAAAGGUCGCACAAAUUUAUUUAUUUAAUGAACAUAGUACAAUUUUGAUAUUUUCUAAAAUACGCUUUAACAUUUAUAUCUAUGAUUGAUAUGUAAAGAUCUCAACGUUCCUUAACUAUUUGAUUGUAUACUCGAUGUUUAAUAUAUGUUAGGCGAGUGUUGUACGUUUAUGUGUGAACGAUAUAAAUAUUAUUAUCUGUGUAUAAAUAUACGAGAUGUUACUUAUGC